ACUCUAGUCAAUCAGCUGAUGUGACAACCAUCAACGCCAGGUCUUCUCCUUGAGCCACCGAAUCGUCAGGUUGUGAAUAAUGCCGAAGUAUUGUUCUGCACCAAACUGCAAGAAUGACUCUGGAAACACAACUACAGAGAAGAAAAGCUUCUACAAAUUCCCUAUACAUGACCCGACAAGGCUGCAAAGUUGGUUGAAAAACAUGGAUCGUGAAGACUGGACCCCGUCGCGGCACCAGUACCUCUGUCACGAGCACUUUCUGCCGUCUUGUUUCACCAUCCGCUGGGGGAUCCGCUACCUGGACAAUAACGCUGUUCCGACCAUUUUCGAUUGGUCUGACAACAAAGGAGUAAGUGGCAUAGGAAAACAAAAACGCAAAGGAGUGGACCACUUUGAGAGACGAGCCAAGCGCACGCGUAGCAGUGGUGAGAAGCCAUCGCCACUGGCCACUCCGUCAGAUCCCGAGCCCCAACCUCCUGUGGCCUGCUCAGGCCAGGACACCCCCGUGAGCACCGUGCAGCUUUACACCAUCUCCGUCGCCAGCACCCAGCCUGGGGAGGCUGUCCUGCUGGACCCCAGCAACAUCAGGGGCGCCCUGGGGUCCCUCCAGAUGCCGGGGCACCUGCCUGUGCUGGAGGCGGCCCCAGCACUGAGCGGGGACUUCCCUGUUGCACUGAGGCCGACGCUGAGGGGUCCAGGCACAGCUGCCACGGGUGAGCCCAGCGAGGUGGUGGUCGUCGUGGAGACUCCUCCUCCGGCCCCUGUGGAGGACGUGAAGGCUGAUGGGAUUGUAGUGGAUGUGCUAGCUGAAGGUCAGAGAACAGCAGCAGCAGUAGUAGUGCCAGACAGCGUGUGUAGCAGCAGCCAGGCUUCUCCGGGACCUUCCACUCUAACAAUCGACAAUGUGUCCACUGUGGAAUUGGAAGAGUUGGCCGAUGUGGUCCAGCAAGAGGAGGAAGAAGAGGAGGCGGAGGAGGAGGAGGAGGUGCCCGGUGUACAGCUCAUUGCAUACUUCGAAACAAUCCCUAACGUACUGCCCAGUGGCCCUACCGCUCUAGUCAACAUCUCACCUGACACCGUGCUCUCGUCCUCCCUUGGAUCAAGACCCAUAGUGUCCACCGUCCCCAUCGUGUCCAAGCACAUGCCCCCUGCGCCGGACUCCCUGGUCCUAACGCUGGAGCGUCUGGAGGACGAUAAGGAGGACGUGGACAGGCUCUCUGAGAACGGGGUGGAGCUACAUGGAAAACGACUGGAAGAACAUCGUUACCACAAGAACAGCCUGAGCAAGGAGCAGCUGGAGGCCAUCGUGGUGGAGCUGCAGAAGAAGGUGAAGGUGCUGCAGCAGAGGCACCGCCGGCACCUGGACAAGCUGCUGGGUCUGGAGACCACGGUGGGCCAGCUGCGGCAGACCAACCUGGUGAACGAGGAGAGGCUGCAGCUGCUGGAGAGGGCUUACCUACAGACCACUGCAGCCGUCACCGAAGCAGGCGAGACCGUAGCCAUCAUCUACGGCGAUGACAACACAACCUACCUUUAUGCCCAGCAGAAGGAAGACGAGGACGAGGAAGUGGGCCAACUCUUAUAAAAAAAAAUGACACUGGCACAGUGAUUUAUACACUUUAAUGCUCUGUGAUGCACAACACUCAUAAAUAUCAUGAAAUGUACGAGGAGAUAAGUUACUAAGCCUAUUAUGUGUUUGAAGUCCAUUAGAGUUAUGUGAUUUAAUAAUAGGUCAACCUAAACCCAUGCAAACCCUCAGAUUCCCAGUGUGACGGUAAUGUGUCCAUAUAUUCCCUUUUCUACCCUUAGCAUUUGCACUAACUAACUUCUUUGUGAAACGGCAUACUCUUGGGAAAUAAAGUGUGCUUAUGGCCGAAUGUGAUCAAAA